CAAUCAGCUCCCUACCUAACCCUGACUCAGAAGAGGGACACAUGAAAAAGAGCUUGGAAUCAACCCGUUUAGUGUGUCUUAGUGAAAAAAGAGUUUUAGAAACCUAGAUAUAAUCAUUUUUGCCUCCCACUGGAGAUAGGGAUUCAGCCUAGAUGGCCUUUCAGGACCUUCUUAUUCACGUUGGCAGUCUAGGGAGGUUCCAGAUCCUUCAGAUGGCUUUCCUUCUGAUCUGCGUUGGCAUGGUGUUUCCCCACUCUCUUUUGGAGAACUUUACUGCAGCCAUUCCUGGUCAUCGCUGCUGGGUUUCCAUCCUUGACAAUGACACUGUCUUUGUCAAUGACAGUGGGAUCCUAAGUCAAGAUGACCUCCUGAGGAUCUCAAUCCCCCUGGACUCUAACCUGAGGCCAGAAAAGUGCCGUCGCUUUGUCCACCCACAGUGGCAUCUCCUUCAUCUGAAUGGCAGCUUCUCCAGUGUGACAGAGCCAGACACAGAGCCCUGUGUAGAUGGUUGGGUGUUUGACCGAAGCACCUUCCUCUCCACCACCGUGACCCAGUGGGACCUGGUAUGUGGAUCUCAGGCACUGAAUUCGGUGGCUAAAUUUGUAUUCAUGAUGGGCCUUUUUACAGGCCAUAUCAUAGGUGGCCGUUUAUCAGACAGGUUUGGGAGGAAGUUUGUUUUCACGGGUGCUUUACUGCUGAUGGGCGUGAGUGAAACCUGUGCAGCUGUGGCUCCCUCCUUCCUCAUCUACUGCACAGUUCGCUUCCUGGCAGGGAUUUCCUCCUCAUCCAUGAGGACAAACGGUGUUUUGCUCAUUUUAGAAUGGACAAGCCCUAAAUUUCAAGCUUUGGUAAUGGCACUGGCAUUUUGUGCUGGGGGGAUUGGACAGCUAAUAUUGGGAGGCCUGGCUUUUGCUAUCCGAAACUGGCGCCACCUCCAGCUGGCAAUGUCUGUACCAAUGUUCUUCUUCCUUAUUCUCACAAGGUGGCUGUCAGAGUCAGCUCGGUGGCUGAUUGUGACCAACAAACCACAGAAGGGCUUAAAGGAACUUAUAAAAGUUGCACACAUAAAUGGAAUGAAGAAUUCUGAAGAUGUCCUAACCAUAGAGGUUGUGAGAAACACCAUGGAAGAUGAACUGGAGGCGGCACAGACAAAACAUUCCCUGUUGGACUUGUUCCGUACACCCAACCUACGUAAGCGGGUCUGUCUCCUCUGCUUUGUGAGAUUUUUGUCAUUGAUAGCUGUUUUGGGUCUGCUUAUCCAUUUCCAAUACCUGAGCAGUAAUGUGUUCCUACUGCAGUGUCUCUAUGGUGUAGUAUCCAUCCCAGCCAAUGUUCUUGAAAAAUUUUCAAUGAACUACAUGGGCCGCAGAAUAACCCAAAUGAUUUUCAUGUCUCUGAUGGGAAUCUCCAUUUUGGCCAUCAUAUUUUUGCCUCAAGAAAUGCAGACCCUGCGUACAAUUUUGGCAACAUUUGGAGCAGCAAUUUCUUCUGCCUCUUUAACGAGUACUCUUGUGCAUGCAAAUGAGCUUGUCCCCACUGUACUCAGGGCAACUGCUCUGGGAGUCGUUGGAACUGCUGGUAGUACUGGGGCAGCCCUGUCUCCGCUGUUUAUGAUCCUCACGAUGUACUCUGCCAACUUACCCUGGAUCAUCUAUGGAGUCCUCUCCAUCCUCAGUGGUCUUGUUGCCCUUCUCCUUCCUGAGACCAAGAAUCAGCCUCUGCCUGACUCCAUCCAAGAUGUGGAAAAUGAGAGGAAAAGUUCAAGAGAGGCAAAGAAGGACACUAUCACCAAGAUGACACCAUUUUAAAGAAUUUCAACAACUGACCUCUGAUCAAGAAGAAAAACAAAGAAAAAUGUCAUUCAGGAUAUAGUGCCCCGGGAUUGUUCUUAAAUGUUAGCAAAACUUUUCCAUAUGAACCGUAUGUGUAAAUAGUGAAGUAGAUUAAAAUUAUACCAGUUUACCAUAUAUAAAGUAACUAUAAUAAAUCACAGCAAGAAAUUUGAAGAAAGUCAUACCAUAUUGAAGAAAUUCUGCCCAAAUUUUCUAUAGUCAGUGAGACCAAUCAAGUUUCUGGAUAGAAUGUGGAUCGGUGAUGUGUGGCAGAUUCAUGGAACUGAAACUUUCCCUCUAGGUCUGGAGUCUAAGAGGUGGGGGAGGGGAUACCUCAUGUGAUUCACUAGCUAAACAAAAGUUCACAUGUCUGGAAAUUUGAGGAUUCUGGAAAGCCCUUAUCUAGCUUUAUAUAAGGAGUAAACAGUAUUAUGGCAGGAGAGAGAGCAGCCAAGCUUCAAAGGAGAUAUUAUUCACUAUCAGGAGGUCAUACAUAAAACAUACAUGCAGAUAACAUUAUACAGACUGAGCAGCUCGUGUUUGUGGUGUGUGUAGCAACGAUGAAAGAAAUGGAGAGAUCAGGAAGGGUUCAUGGGAAUGGUAGGAGGGAGGCAACAAAAGGGAUAAAUGAUGUAAAUACAUUUUAAUUUCUAAAAAUACAUAAAUAUUUUUUAAAACUUUAAAUACAGCUUAUGUCUGUGAGGUCAGCUCCCCAGUGAGCCUUGAGUUGAAGAAGAUGAAGGGCUGAUUCAUUAAAGGAUAGCUAAUGAGAUUUGUGAGAGAUGCCAGAAAAGCAAGCAGAUAACGUUUUUGAGACAGGGACUCACUAGGCAGCCCUGACUGGCUUGGAACUCCUUAUGCAGACCAGUUUAUUUGCCUCUCCUUCCUGAAUGGCAGGAUUAAAGAUAUGAGCCACCAUGUCUGGUCACAAACAGAUAAUUUUUUAACGACUGAAAAUGCAAAAAUGAAAGGGAUGGUAUUUUAUGGAGGGAGGUUGGAGGGGUAGAAAAUAAGAGGGUCUCAAAAAACUUUUGCUGAGAGAAAAAAACAGGCAUACUUUUAUUGAUUUUAUUGAGCUAUAUGUUUUUUUCUGCUCCCUCCUUUCCUCUUCCCUCCCCUCCCCUUCAAUCUUUUCCCAUGUUCCCCAUGAUCCCAAUUUACUCAGGAGAUCUUAAAAACCAUACCUCUUUUUGGUUUAAUAAUUAUUUUAAGUAGUAAUCUGGAUUAAAUCAAAAGACUCUAAAUUUAAUUCAGAGAGAAAGAGCAUAAUUUGGCACCCUCCUGUUGAUCAUCCAGACCAUCCCCCGCUACCCUUCGCUUGUCAUCUCAUAGUUGUGUUCCUGUCCCAAACCCAUGCAGGUGGGCACCCCUGCUCAGCCUCAGAUAACGCCUGCCAGUAGACCAGACAAGCUGCCCAAGUACCUCCCCCACUUUCUCUAUUACCUCAGACCCAAUUCUCAGGUCACCUCUAGUGCAAUAGAACAUCAUGGGCAACUUCUUCUCCCCAAAAUCCAUGCCUCCUUGAAUUCCUCAGACCAUCUACCCCUACCUCCUGCUAUCCCAGCCUCCAACAGCAGCCAGCACUCCUUGUGAACACACCAAUCAAGUAGGCCAGAAAAUAGGCAACAGUCUGCCAACACGCUCUCUGAAAAUGCAGAGAGGAAACAGAAACAAAGGAACAAAACACCCACCCAACCAAGACAAACCCACAAAUCAGCACCUAAACUAUACAUACCUAAUCCAGAUGCCAGGAUGCCAGUAUAAAGACACAACAACAGCUGGGGCAGUAAGUCUCUACCAGAGCCCAGUUUUCCAACCACAGCAGGUUCUGCGUAUUUCAACAGCUGGAGCACAAGAAAAGACCUUAAAACCAGCUAUAUGAAGAUUAAAAUAGAGGUCCUUAAAGAGAAAAUUAAUAAAACUCUUAAAGAAAUUCAGGAAAACACAAACAAACAAUUGGAGGAAAUUAAUAAAUCCCUUAAAGGAAGCCAAGGAAAAACAACAAACAGUUGAAGAAAACAGAUACCACAGCGUGGGAGUCCAGGGUUACAGAAAGCAUGCCUUCAAAGCAGCAGGGUUUAGGAAGCAUUUUUAUCUGAGUGUUUUAGGAACACAUGUCUAUCUAUCGGAGGGGAAAGACUCACAUGUACAAGCUGAGGAUCAAGUUCUUUACUUCCAGCUCUUGUUCUCCUGCUCCAAUUCUCUAACUUUAAUCCUCACGCUUCAAUUCUCUCUAGCUUCUUUGUUCACCGUGUGUGUGUGUGUGUGUGUGUGUGUGUGUGUGUGGUGUGUAUGUAUUCAACAACAAACUUUUUUCACUAAAAAGAUUACAAACGCUACACCUGAGGGAAUCUCAAUGCCUGGCUUCAAGGUUCCUGCUGUACAGGCUGUGACCUGAGGCAGGAGCAUAGUGCCUGGAGAGACAAGCUGCUGAGGAAUUUGUGCAGGGAGUAAGUCUUUAUUAGCCAGACAUGGCAAGAGAGACAGGCAUUGAGGAGCAUCCCAAAUCUAAAGAUACAUUUUCUAUCCUGCGUGUAAUCUUAGACUACAAGGAGGGAAUCUUGUAACUUUGGCUGUAAGGCCAGGCUAUCUUUCAAAGCCCUGCCUGUCUGUGAAACCUUUCCCACAGAGACUUGUCUAAAGCCCUUUCCUUCCAGAUAUGGUUAAUUAGCUAAUUGGUUAAUUGCUUUUUCCUGCUAUUCUCAUAAAUUCCAGAACUAAAACAUAACCGUUAGUUAGCUGAGCCUAGGAUUCUGUGCCAUAAACUGAGGUUAGAGGUUCCUGCAAAGUGUUAAUUGCUUAGGGAAUCUCCACAGUUCCACCAGUCUGUGAGUUAGCAACUGAACCUGGCAAUAGAAGCUGGCGAGUGGUUUGGGUCCCUCUAUGUCUAAAAGACUUCAGUUAAACAAACCAGACAUCUGCAUCUCUGUCCUUGAGAAAGUCUAACUUGCCAUCCAUACACAGACUCUCAGGCUAACUAAUUAGCUCUGUCAGUUUAACUACUUAUAGAGAAUGGGUUUCUAAGUUUCUAUCCAUUUUGUUGAACAAAGGCUGAACUAUGAAGGCCUGUUUUAUUCACCAGAAUUAUACAGGGAAGAGAAAAGUCAUUCUUCUAUCAGUGCCAAAAAAUGAGAAACACUAGAGCCCAUUUUCUGCAGAGGGAUACUUUGCUCAACCUGGACCCAGCAGGGAGGGCCUUGGUCCUGCCUCAAAGUGAUGUGCUAGACAUUGUUGACUCCCCAUGGAAUCCUUACC